GUAGUUAUUGUCAUUUUGACAAUCAGUCGUGUUGGUAUCGUAGCAUAUUUUAAAAUCUCUAAAUUAUAAUUUAAUAAUAUAUAGUUGCUAGUCACAAUUAAUUGCAUUUAUAACAUAGAGUAUGUGUUAAUAUAAAAAUGAAUCUUAAAUACAAUUACUUCUUCUUUGUCUGUGUAACAUGGCAGUUCGCCGUGGUCUCAUCAGCGGAUCAUCUGCUUGAAGGUAUUUAUUGUGGAAAGGAGAACUGUUACGAAGUACUUGGUGUCACAAGAGAAGCUACUAAGAAUGAGAUUGCUAAAAGCUACAGACAACUGGCCAAAAAAUUUCAUCCUGAUUUACACAGGACACCCGAAACUAAAAAGGAGGCCGAAGAAAAGUUUAAAGAAAUAGCAACUGCGUACGAGAUCUUGCGCGAUGAUGAAGAAAGAUCUGACUAUGAUUACAUGUUGGAUAACCCGCAGGAGUACUACGCUCACUACUACAGGUAUUACCGUCGCCGUAUGGCGCCGAAAGUUGACGUCAGAAUCGUGAUCGCCGUAACUAUUACCAUUAUAUCGAUCAUUCAAUACUAUAGUGCAUGGUCCAAGUACGAUACUGCUAUUAAGUAUUUCAUGACAGUGCCAAAGUAUAGAAAUAAGGCUCUAGAAUUAGCCAAAACUGAAAUGAAAGAAGGUCAAUCUAAAAGUAAAGGUCCAAAGAAAUCAAAAGCUGAACAGAAAGUAGAGCAGGAUAGACUUAUUAGGAAAGUGAUUGAGGAGAAAAUGGAUAUCAAGGGGUCUUAUGCAAAGCCAGAGAUAGUAGACAUCCUGUGGGUCCAACUCAUCAUUUUACCCUACACUGUUGCCUACUACAUUUACUGGUACCUGAGGUGGUUCUGGAAUUUCACAUUAAUGAAGCGUCCAUAUGGUGAAGAGGAAAAACUAUACUUAAUCAGAAAGUACAUGAAGCUUGGACAGCAUCAGUUCAAUGCUAUAGAGGACUCAGAAAAACAAGAGUUCUUGGAUGAAGAGCUUUGGAUAAAAGAAAACUUCAAAGUUUGGAAAGAAAUAAAAGAUGAAGAAGCCAAGAAAGCUCUAGCAGAAAACAAUAAAUACAAGCAGUACAGAAGGUACAUCAAACAACAUGGAGUCGGCAGGAUGACGUUUGACGAUUCAUAGCCGUGUGAUAGUGAAAAUAUUUAUUUAAUAUUUAUUAAUAAAUUUAGGAUCAGUCCA